AUGACCGAGAGGAUAAUUAAACGAGGAGAUAUUUACAGAGUUGUCUUAGAUCCAACGUUAGGAAAAGAAAUCAGGAAAACUCGUCGUUGUGUGAUUAUUUCUAAUAAUCAGCAAAAUCAAUAUAGUAAAGAUCGAAAAAUUCUGACUGAUCAAAUUCGAAGUGUGGAUCGAAAAAGAUUAAGAGAAUAUAAAGGUCAAGUUGGUUAUGAAACAUUAGUUAAAAUUGAAAAAGCUCUGAGUGUGGUUUUGGCUUUAAGAAAAGAAUUACCAGGUUUUUCUGAUUUAAGUCAAAUUCCUACUAAAUUAUUAAAAGAAGAAUUAGCCAUGAGAAAAAAAAGAUUUUAG